AUGGAGAACAAGAGCGUGCCUACAGCACCAUUAGAAACGCUUCGCGGCGCUUCCGAAAAGAUCGAGGCUGAACAUUGUGAACAUGGAACGUGCUUAUUCGGCAGUUCUUCUCAAUCCACUGCUACGGAUGUGAUCGAGACGCAAGACAGCAACACUGUCGGAAAUAUUACACCAGGCAGCGGUAAGACAGCAGAGGUGCUGCCAGACACAAACUCGUCCAUAUCUGAACUGUCCAGCACGUACGAUACCCUUCGACUCAUGCCCAAUGCAAAUCAUUCCGAUCACCGAGUUGAUGAUGCAGAUAAUCAUGUAGACACGGAAGCAGAAGAAGAGUUGAGCGAUGACGAAGACGAUGCCGUAGGUGACGGGUCCUCAGUAUCGUCAACCAGCGAAUCGUCGAGCAUUGCAACCGAUGAAGAACUGGAACAGCAAGAAGGGUUCUUACUGCCCUGCAAAGACACCGAUCCAAAUUGCCCUUUUUACGAGUGCGACAUACACAAGGAGCAGUGUGACUUAUGCCACAAACAUUGCCUAGUUCCAGGCGACACUGAGGAACGGCGCAUCCACGCGCUGGAGUGUGCCAAGCUACACAACACCUUGUUGAAGUGUGUAGCCGAGGUGGAACUAUCGCGCGGCAAGACGUGCGGCAUCUGCAUGGAGGUGGUAAUGGAUAAGCGACCCCGCGAGCAACGCUUCGGCAUACUGCCGAUGUGUCCGCAUAUAUUCUGCAUCAAAUGCAUACGCAUUUGGCGUAAGUCGGACAACGCGAAACGCGCCAAAAGAAGCUGUCCAAUGUGUCGAGUAGUUUCCAAAUUCGUUUGCCCGAGCUUUUUGUGGGUGGAGGACAAUGAGGCGAAGGCAACGCUGAUCAAGGCGUAUAAGGCAGGAUGUAAACAAAUAUUGUGCAAGUACUUCAAAGCGGACAAAAAGUGUCCAUUUAUGAAGACAUGUUUUUAUAAACACGCGACGGCUUAG